CUCCUUUUAACGGAAUAAGCAGCCAGUGCCAAAAAAAAAAAGAAGCACACCAUGUAUAAUCUUCAACAACGUGCCAACGUGCUGCUUUCUUAUGCACUCACUGCUCUCAGCUGUGUGCUGGGCGUGAUUGCCCUUAUUUCUGCCAUCAAAGGCUAUCCGGCUGUGGACAACAAUAUUACCAUCGAUAAUAAUCUUGUGCGAAUCGUGAAACGUCGUUACGGACCUGAGAAUUACGACUACGGUCAACCCAAGAGUGACUUUGCGCGUGUGGCGUUUGAUCUGGAUGCUGAUUUCACACCAUUUUUCGAUUGGAAUACCAAGCAAAUCUUCGUUACAGUGAUUGCUGAAUACGAGACCAAGACACACAACCGCAAUUCGAUUGUACUUUGGGACCGAAUUAUCACACGCAAAGAUGAUGCCAAACUGUCACUGAAGAAGGUGUCCAACAAGUAUGCGCUUAUUGAUGUCAGCCGAAAAUGGACCUCUCAACAGGCGAAUUUAUCAUUGCAUUGGGAUAUCACGCCACAUGUCGGCAUUCUUCAAGGUGGUCGAUCUUCCAUGUCUUCUGCCAACUUUAUUUUAGCACCUGCAGAAGCAUCCUCGUGAAUUAACCUCUUGGAUAACUAGAUACCAAAAAAAAAAAAAAAAAAAAAA